CAUCGGGAUUUUAGCUGUCUGCGAGGAUUUGGGAGAGCCGGGGGAAAUAUGUCCAAUGAACUUGACUUUAGGUCCGUGCGCCUGAUGAAGAAUGACACCAUGAACUUCCAGAAAUUCCCCUACACCAACGAAGAUGAAGCCUGGAAAACCUACCUGGAGAACCCCCUGACUGCAGCCACCAAGGCCAUGAUGAGGGUGAACGGGGACGAUGACAGCGUGGCCGCCCUGAGCCUCCUCUACGACUACUACAUGGUCCCGAAGGAGAAGAGGAUUCUUCCAGCUGGAAUGAUGGGACGCAACGAACUCGGAAAGAGGCACUGCCACGGGAUGGACUACGAGCCGGACAUCGCCUCCUUCGACGGCUCAGCCCACCUCAUGAAGCUCCUGUCUGAGAACGUUUCCAUGAGCCAGGAGUACUGCGAGCCACAGAAGAAGAACGGCCUGAGUCUCGAAGGCGUCCCUCCUCCUCCUCCUCCUCCCCCUCCUCCUCCUCCUCCUCCUCACAAGCCAGCCCUGCUCCCUCCAGGCACCAGCAAGCUGGAGGCCACCCCAGACAACUACCUGGUCCCUCCUGGGGACGUGUACGACAACAGCUCGUUGAACUCCCUCUUCGAGAGCCUCCCCAUGGCCCCGGCGCAGCAGCGGUGGCAGCCGGACAGCACCUUCAAGGAGGACCCCCAGGAGUCGCUGCUCUUCAGUGACAUCCUCAAGCCCCAGCCGGAGCCGCCCUGCCCCGAGAGUUACAGCACGGACGGCGUCAAGAGUGACUUUGAAUACACGCUGGGGUCACCCAAAGCCAUUCACAUCAAGUCUGGGGACUCUCCCAUGGCCUACCUCAACAAAGGACAGUUCUACCCCAUCACUCUGCGCACGGCAGGAGACAGCAAAUGUUUACACUUGUCCUCAAACAAAGUCAAGAGCGUGGUGAUGAUUGUUUUUGACAACGAGAAGAUCCCCACGGAGCAGCUCAAGUUCUGGAAGCACUGGCACUCCCGCCAGCCCACGGCCAAGCAGAGGGUCAUCGACGUGGCUGACUGCAAGGAGAACUUCAACACGGUGCAGAACAUCGAGGAGCUGGCCUACAACGCCCUGUCCUUCGUGUGGAACAUCCACGAGGAGGCAAAGGUGUUUAUUGGGGUGAACUGCCUGAGCACGGACUUCUCCUCCCAGAAGGGGGUGAAGGGGGUCCCCCUGAACCUGCAGAUCGACACGUACGACUGCGGCGGCGGGAGCAGCCAGCUCGUGCACCGCGCCGUCUGCCAGAUCAAGAUCUUCUGUGACAAGGGAGCAGAGAGGAAAAUGAGGGACGAUGAAAGGAAACAGUUCAGAAGGAAAGGAAAAUGCCUGGACUCCAACAACAAUGGUCUGAAAGGCUGUUUGCUCUCUGGCUUCAGAGGGAAUGAGAUCACGUUCCUGAGGCCGGAGACCGACCUGGAAACGCAGCCGGUGCUGUUCAUCCCCAACGUCCACUUCUCCGGCCUGCAGAGGUGUGGCACGGCGCUCCCUCCUGCUGUUCCCAACGCUGCAAACAGGCUGCCCCUGAAACGCAGCGGCGCCUCCUUCACCGACGAGUUCGACCCCGUUCCUCCAAAGCAAACCAAGGAGGAGGAUCCCCAGAGAGUGCUGCUCUACGUGCGCAGGGAGUCGGAGGAGGUGUUUGAUGCCCUCAUGUUGAAGACACCGGAUCUCCAGGGCCUCAGGACAGCUAUUUCAGAAAAAUAUGGGCUUCCUGAAGAAAGCAUUUAUAAAGUCUACAAAAAAUGCAAAAGAGGGAUCCUGGUGAACAUGGACAACAACAUCAUCCAGCACUACAGCAACCACAUGGCCUUCCUGCUGGACGUGGUGGAAGCAGAGAACAAGUUCCAGGUCAUCCUCAAGGAGCUCUAAAGAGCCUCAGGCAG